AUGUUUUCCAAUCUUUUCAACUUUUUUGGAAGUAAAAACAAUCGACAAGAAUCCAAUCAAGAUUUACAACAAAUUUCGACAGGACUUGAACAAGAUUCUUCAUUGUCCAUAAAUCAUCCAACAACGAACAAUAAUAAUAAUAAUAAUAACAACAACAACAACAACAACAAUAAUACGAAUACGAGCAAUAGUAGUAAUAGCAACCUAACGAAUACAGCAGCAACAUCAACAGCAGCUUCCUCCUCACAGGCUAAUGAUCAUCAAAACCAACAACAACCAUCUGGAAAUAUAUUUUCAUCCAUUCUUCAAAACCUUGUUCGAAAAUCUAACAACAACAAUUCUUCUUCUUCUUCUAACACUGGUUCAACAUUUAAAAACAAUUACAACAACAUGUACAACGGAGGAUCCUCAUCAUCAGCAACGUUUUAUUCCUCUCCAAAGGAUCAUCUUGGAAUUGCUCCUUCCAUGCGAAUUCCAGACUUUCAAACUUCGUUUAUGAGUAAAACGGAACGUCGAAAGGAAGCCUUAUUGCUUCAAUCCAUGAUGAAAGAUCAUUUGAAUGAUUCUAAUUCUGUGAUUUUCUCAUUUGGUGAAAGUAAUGAAAUGCGUGGAUUGAGACGAGAUGCUCGUUCCGAUGCUGCCAAUCCUCAAUAUAUAAGAACUCCUUUUAGAAUUUGUUCUGUUGCCAUGGGAUAUACAUGCACGAUUGCUUUAACGUCAGAUGGUUUUGCUCUUUCGUGUGGAAGUAAUGGUAAUGGACAAUGUGGUGUGGCGAGUGAGAAUGCGAGUGGAAUUGAUUUUAGUCAAUUUCAUUUGAUUGAGGGAUUGGUAGAGGAGGAAAUUGUGCAAGCAAGUUGUGGAUAUUACUUUUCAUUGUUCUUGACUAGGGAUGGUCGAGUGAUUGGAUCUGGUGAUAAUUCACAUGGACAGUUAGGUUGUGACACUUACAUGCCAAAAUAUGUAUUGGUCGAGUUGAAAAAUCUUCCUCCUAUUCGUUCCAUUCAUGCUGGAUAUUAUCAUUCACUGCUUGUGGGAUUUGAUGGAAAAGUUUAUGCAUGUGGUCAAGGAUUUCCUCGAACUCCAACCAUUGUUCGAGGUUUGGAGGAUGAAUUCAUUGUUUCAGCCUCUGGUGGUUACGAUUACAGUUUUUUCAUUACCAAAAACGGAGAAGUUUAUGGCCAUGGUGAAAUUGGACACAUGAUUCACGGAGGUAGCAAUGGAAAAUCUAGCGCCACAAAAGUUAAAGGUUUUAAUCACUUUGUGACCUCUUCCAGUUCUGGAUAUUACCACACUCUGUUUACAACGAGAGAAGGUGUCAUUUAUUCAUGUGGAAGAAAUCAAUACAAUUGCCUGAAUAGAGCCAUUGAAAAGAAACAUUUCAACAAUGGUGGAGAUGAGUGUAAAUUAUUAGAACACAAGUAUAUGAAAAAUAUCAUUCAAGUGAGUUGUGGUGGUUAUCACUCUGGAUGUCUCGAUACAGAAGGACGAGCUUACACCUUCGGUCACAGUGGAUUCUAUCAAGCUUGUAUUGAUUCGGAACAACCUGGAAUUUUACACACUGCAGUGUCUGAGAAGGAAAUGGCAACCAUGCCUUGCUCGCUCACGAUUCAUGUACCAACCAAAGGAAAGCAAUUGAAAUCUUGUGCCAUUGCAUGCGGUGGAUGGAAUUCUAUGGUUGUUUGCUCGCCGUAUAUUUUUGUUUCCUCUUCCAAGAAUGAGAAGGAAAUGAUUGCAAAACUGAAACAAUUUGCAUCGGAAGGAGAUUGUGACUCUUCUCAACAUUCACUCUUUGAUAUUGACAUUGUGGCACGAGAUGUGAAACGAAUGAAACAUGCUUCAAGUAUCCAUGAAGAAUGA